AUGGGAAUUGGUACUUCCAUGAGUCUCGCAUUGACCACUCCAAAGACUAUCUUUGAUUUUAUCUAUCAUCCAAAGAAUCUUGGAACUCAUGGUGCGGUUGAUUUUUAUGAGAUUAUGUUAUUCCAUUUAUCAAGCGUUGUUCAAAUUGCACUUUAUGUGGGUUGUGAGAACAAAAUUUCCCUUAAAGCUAUUUCUAUUUUGAAAGGAAUCGGAAAGUCUAAGUUCUUUAUCACCAAAGUUUCUAGUUCCAGUGCACCAUUAUUAAAUAAUGAUCGUUUAAUUACUACCUUCCAGAAUAUCGAUGAAUCUGUUAAAAUUCAGUAUGCCUUCAUUGACAAAUUUGAAGAAUUGGAGGACACUUUGGACUUGAGAUUUAAGAUCCUAGAGUUUUUGUUAGAAAAUCUUAAUCAAUCAGAUGGGCGUGUUGCUACUGUUGCGCACUUUUUGUUGGGAUACAAGAUAAGAGGUGAUAUAUUAGAUUUGAAUAAUGAUCCGGACAAAAAUACCCUUUUGAAAUCUUUGUUGAGUACUCUAAAUGUCAGUCUUGAGUUGAUAUCUGAAAUUGAUUACAACAAUGGUAAUAAUCAUAUCAUAGAUGUUGGUCCAGCAAAACUUUCUUCUUUGAUUUUGGAAAUCCUUAUCAAGUUGAGCAAGGAUCAUAUAUCAUCAUUGGUUACAUUAAAUCGAUUACGUGAAUACGAUCAAUUGUUUGAAAGAUUAGUUAAUUGUCAGCCAAAGCUUGAUUUGAACACUUUGUGGUGUGGCCACGCAUUUAACGGAGAUUUACAAAGUGAUAUCAGCAAUUACUUCAUUGAAGAUCAAUUGAGUACACAGACGUUCUUCUCGUUUAUUAAUCAGAGAAAUUUAAUAUUGCAAUAUUUGUCAUUGGAAUUUCACAGUGUAAAAUCGAUGACCAAGAAAGAGUAUUACGUUAAUAUCUUGACCAACGAUAAAGAAUUCUUGAAUCGUUCCCCAAAAGUGUUGAGUUUUUUGAACAUUUUGAAUUAUUCGUUCAAAAACUUUGAAGUACAGAAGUUUGAGUGGUUGGACCGCAAGUUCAACAUGCCUUUGAUUUUGGAAGAAGCUAAUAAGAACAAGAAUGGUACUUUGGACUUUAGUGUGAUGAACAAAGUUUUCAGAAUUUUGUGCCAAGCUUCUAGUUUAGCAACCCCUGAGUCGAGACAAUUAUUUGCCGAGGAAAUUAUGGUUGAAGGUAGCAAAAUUUCAGAAUUUGUGGCAAAAUACCUGGUUUCCACGGAUUUGAAAGAAAUCCAAUUGAAGUGUUUGCAUUCUUGGUGUCAGUUGAUUGAGAUUUUAAUUACUGAUAGUGGAUUGGAUUCCUCUGAGUUUAUUUUGGAAGUUCUUCAAGUUAUUCUUCCAAAAGUCAAUGAUUAUUAUGAUGCGGAUAUUCUGUUUUCUGAAGAGUUGGUAUCACUUUGUGUAUUGUUAUUCGACUUGUAUGACCAACUGGCGCUUGCAAAUAAGAAGGGUGAAGAGUUUACUUUGUCAAUCGAAAGAUUGAUUUCUUUGUUCCAAACCUGUAUUGCUGGUAUUCUCAACUCAAAUUCUGCUCCUAACUUAAGAUCUGACUUGUAUGUUGUGGGUAAUAAGUUUUUGUUGAAAUGCAUUGCCAAUGAAUCAUUUUUGAAGCAAAUGGUUACUAUUAUCAGGUCGGUAGAUAAGAAAUUUUUCCAAGUUAUUUGUAACGACGCAAUCUUUUCCGAAGGUUCAUCUAGAAUUACUUCGACUUUAUUUUUGGAAUCAUUGGUUCAUUUGGGUACAUUGACUAAUGUUGAUUUUAUCUUGAAAGCACUUACCAAGAAUAAUGCGUUGCUGUUGCUUGUUAGAUCUGUCAAGAGAACUGAUGCCAUGCUUAGCUUGUGCCAAGGAAAGAAUUCCGGUGUCACUUUAGAGAACUUGGUAUUUGAUUUGACUGCUUUCCGAGCCACGUUAUAUUUUUUUAUUAGAGUGGCCAAAACCAAGAAUGGUUCUUUACAGUUGAUUCAAAAUGAAUUGUUUUCAAUUUUAAAGCAAUCAAACUUUUUGCAAAUCGACCCAGAUUUAGGGUUGAAUUUGAACAUUGAAGAAGUAAGUGAUCAUAAAACAAUCAAAAUCAAUGUUUUAUUAGACACUCCACUUUCAUUGUUGGAUAUGGUUGAUGCUAGCAAGUUGAAAAGCGAGAAUACAAUUUCAUACUUUGAAUUUCUUAUACCUAUUUUCCAAUUGAUUGCAACGGUGUUGUUAUCAAUGGGACCAAAUUACCAACCAGCUAGAAUCCAAACGAGAGAGCUUAUGAAAGGUAUUAACCGUUUAGUUGUUGGUGUUUUGAAGAGAGAUCUUUUGGUAGAGGACAAGAAAGUUGGUAAAGAAUUGUACAAAGAAAACAGUUCCGAGUUGGAAUUAUUGAAGGAAAUGGUUAAAUUGUUUACAUUGAUUGAUUCUUUAGUAAAUUGA